UGCUCCUCCCAACCCAAAUCACAGCGCUCCAGACAGGACCCACUGACACCUAUCAACUCUAAUUCGGAAAACGCUGCUAUUUUAACCUAGCAUACUCAUAGUUCAGCAGGUGAUUAUCAACAACUUGCAAGUUAACUUUAGGCAUAUACUCUUUAAGUUAGUGUACUUUUAAAAGUGUAUUUUUGACAUAAGGAAAUAAGUUGUGCUGCAGCAGAAUAAAGGAGGCUAUCCUUUUCAGUAUCAGGCAGCAACUUUACCAAACUAUCUGACUUUCUUGUGUUCAGCUUUUGAGGAGUCUCUCCAUCGUUUGACUUUAUUCACCAUGCAACAACGGUUUGCACAUAGGAUGUACUCCGAAAGGAAGGUAUUUUGGUGAAUUCGUUUGAGAACGUAGGAACGGGAAUAUUGCGUCAAUAAAGGUGAUUCUACUCCGCGUUAAUCGUGGCCACUAGUCUACCUGCCACGGAAUUCUUUCAACCAACCACUCCCACCCCAGUCCCCUCGUGCUGUCUUUCCGUGGGUCGCCUGCCUCGCCCGUUAACCGUGAUGACGUGUGGUUGGAGUCCAGGAGCUGUCACGGUUUGGAGAACUACUGUUUUCCUGCUCAACAUCGCGUGCGCAGCGUCGGCCAAGAGACACGUCGUCUACUGGAACUCCACCAACACUAGGUUGACGGGAGGGGAUCUGUCCAUCCAGGUGAAUCUGAAUGACUACCUGGAUAUCUACUGCCCCCACUACCCUCACCUGUCUCCCCCCAGUGAGGAGGCCUACCCCCAGGCCCCACCAGACAGCCUGGCCCUGUACCUGGUGGCUGAGGGGGGGUUCAAGGGCUGUGUGGAGACCCAGGGGGCCAUCAAGAGGUGGGAGUGUAACAGCCCCCGUGCCCCUUUCGGCCCUGUCCGCUUCUCAGAGAAGAUCCAGCGCUUCACCCCCUUCUCUCUGGGCUUCGAGUUCCUCCCCGGAUACCACUACUACUACAGCUCAUUACCUACAGGGGAAAGCUCCCCGCUGCCCUGCAUGAAGCUGCGAGUCACAGUGUGCUGUGAGCCCACAACCGUAGGGUCCAAGCAGGAACAAGGUACUCCAGCUCUUCACAGUGAUGUGUGUUCAAUGAGGACAGUUCCUCUUUCUCUCCUCCUCCUCCUUGUCCCACUCUUGAACUUCCUCUCUAUCUAACAUCCCUCUAUUCAAGCUGACCUCCUGAGUAUCUACCAUGCCCACUGUAGAUGGCCUGCCUCACCCACUCAGUCCUUACUUUAAACUAUCCACACCUCAUAGGGAGGUCAAGUCUUCAUUUCAGACCCUCAAAUGACUGCAAUAGGGUAAACUUCAACACUACACACACUCCAACUACACACACUCCAACACAUCACCUCUGUCUUUUCUGGGGUGGCACUAAUCUUUCUCUUCUUGGCCUCCUCUUUUCUCUCUGUCCACUCUCUCCUCGUUCCCCCUCUUCCAUCCCUCGCUCCUGACUAAGCUCCCUUUGAAACAAACUGACACUAAUCUACCAUCAAAGCUCUCAUUCUUCAUUUCCCACCUUUAUCCACUCCAUCCUGUAGACUCCAUCUCUCUCUGUCUCUCUGUCUCUCUGUCUCUCUCUCUGUCUCUCUCUCUGUCUCUCUCUCUGUCUCUCUCUCUGUCUCUCUCUCUGUCUCUCUCUCUGUCUCUGUGUGUGUGAACAUAAUGUGCCAGCUGAGCCAACGUGGAUCAUCCAGACGUUGUUCUGUUAAAUUACUACGGAGAGGACCAGACUUGGAGUUUACUGCUUCUGAACAGAACCAUGUUUUUGAGUUAACGUCAUUGGAUUUGAAAGUCCAACUGUUAAACACAGUAACACCAAAUGUUGACCAAACUUUAUUUAAAAAGUUAACCAGUGACGACACUGCCUAAACCAGGAAAUGCUGUGUGAGUGGGACCCUGGGAAUGAUGAACUGGAAUAUUGUAACUGGUCUGCUACGCCCUCUACUGGGAUCAUACUGGUUAGACUGGUCCAACUGGGCUGUAACACCUGACACUCUGUGGGAGUAAUCUGACCAUAUCUGGAAUUAACUGGACUGUGCCUGUUGGUUUACCGCACCAACCAGGUGUGCAGGUACAGUACUUAGACUGUCUGCUGAGCACUUAACCAGGCGAGGACCUCUACCUAUGAGAAGAGGCCCAAAGCUGGUGUUUGUUUGAAUAGAGGUUUUUGUUUUAGUGCAGUAAAGAUUCUGCUUUAGGUGUUUCAGUUAAAUAUUGAUGUUUUGUAGAGGUCCUGUAAUGUUGGCAUCCAUUUUGAUUAUUUGAAACAUCCUGAAAAAAUCUACAUUUUUACAUGGCUGAACUUUUUUUAUACAAAUGUUUACAGGUCUAGAUUAACUCCAAUUGUUGUUGUUUAUAGUGCUAUCAAGAAUAACUAAAGCACUUUAGUACAGGUUAGCCAUGUAUUUUUCUUUAAGUUAUAAAACGUAAAUUUUUUCAUUAAACAAAUAGCAUUUAAAAAAUGCCAUUUUAUUAUCAAAGCAAUUUAAAUUAAUACAUUUUAUUUUGAUUGUCAUAUCUUUUAUCUGUUGGUUAGAUAUGAUUUCAUGUUCCAUUCACAAAACUAAUAUAUCACUAAAUUACAUUUACAGUAGAAGCGUGUUACAAAUAUCACAAACCGAACAAAUAUACAUGUUUUAUUUUCAAAAGUGAGAGAUUUAACUGAAAUUAUUCUUAUUAAUUUAAUCCCACAAAAACGAGUGUAUAUUUAAUUAAAUUCAUAAUUCUGAUAAAUUACUUAUCAUAAUCCAACAAUUAAUCAUUCUUAAAUACAGGCUAUUCGGGGAUGCAGUUUUUCACACAUUCUGAUGUUGUCUUUGGUAACAGCAUUUAGUAAACAAUGUUUUCUUUCCGAAAUAAAUAUGUUGACCUAUAGUUAUGCCUGUAAGCACUUACUCAGAGAGAUGAGUCUGUAGUAUUACUUUACACACACAUUUGGAUAACAAUAUACUACGCAGGUUAUUCAGGAAUAUAAUGAUUAUUCCAGGGGUUUAAACACUCAUGUCUGGAACCUUGUUGUAUAAAGCUGGUGCUCCCAGAUGUUGUUUUUUUUGUUUUCACAUUUUAGUGAAGUAUGAAACAUCUUCUAUGAAGAGCCAACUGCAAACAGCCCUUUUAUACAAGGUGAGAUGACAAAAUAAAGAUGAUUGCAAUAAGAAAUGUUGAAAUUUC